AAAGAAGAGGUGCGAAGAAAGGAUCCGGUACGGAGGGCGAGGAAACAUGGGGAGAGGGACAUCGUUGUGAGUAAAUAUAACGCCGGGCGUCGCUCGGUGUCGUCCUCGUCGUCAUCGUCGUCGUCGUCGUCGUCGUCAUCGUCGUCGUCGUCGUCGUCGUCAUCGUCGUCGUCGUCGUCGUCGUUGUCGUUGCCGUCGUCGUCAUCGGUAUCGUCGGCGCCGCCGCUACCGCUACCGCCACCGCUGCCGCCUCUGCCACCUCCUCUUCCUCCGCUGUCGCCGCGUCUUUACAUAGACAAAGUUAUGCCAGCGAGUCGAGAUGCCGUUGCAUCGGCAUGCGUAGAGAUACACGAAUUCUGCUUACGGUCUGCAAUGAAUUUCCCACCGUUCGGAGGUCACUUCCCUAGCACUAUACCGAGUAUCCAUCAAUUUGCAACCGAUAGUUCCAGUGGUGCAGGCGCGCGUUACGCCAAUCAUUUUCCCAACCAGCCUCCAAUCGGAGUGCCGGUUGUGGGAAAAUACCGUCCCGAGAACAACGGCGUACAAUCGGCUCAGUCGCAAGUAAUGAUGAACAAUAAAACUAGCUAUCCCAACAGUUCUAAUGUUCAUCAUUAUCCGAAUGUGCCGUACACUCAAGCUCAAUCGGUUCAACAACGACCAACCAACUCGCCUGGAAUGCAAGAGAAACGCUCGUACCAUCAGCAAUCUACGGAAACUAUAAAUCAACAAGAUGUUUGCAACCUUCUUCAAGACAAGGACAAGAGCAAGGAAAAGAAGGCUGAGGAGCAACAGCGGAAUGGAGAGACUACGACGAAUGGCACUCAACAGGAUUAUACGAUGCACCAACAUCACCAGCAGCACGCUCAUACUCAGACGCCAGCUACUAUGCCCGCAACGUGGCAGUCGCUCGCGACUCCUGGUUCCACUGUAGCUGAUUAUCUCAGCCAUUUACCAGCUAGCACCUUGCCAUUGAGUUUACAUCAUUUUCUCAAGUAUUCUGCCGAAAGUAUCAAAAAAGAGUCGGAAAUGGCGCAAACAACCUCAGUGGCUGUGGCGACUACAACAACGCCCAAUAUAAUGAUGUCACCGAAUAAUAAAAAGAAGAAAAAGAAGAAGACGCCGAAGGAGAAGAAGCCACGUCCGAAACCUGGCGAAAUUCGUUUAACGACAGCGUUAGACGGUUCGACAUUAUAUUGUUGUCCAGAGUGUCAUAUGGCGUAUCCAGAACGAGAAUUGUUAGAGCAGCACCUUUUAGGUCACACUUUAGAGAGAAGAUUUGUUUGUGACAUAUGUGGCGCUGGCUUGAAACGAAAAGAUCAUCUUACGCGUCAUAAACAGAGCCAUAACCCUGAGCGACCUUACGUUUGCACCGUUUGCUUGAAAGCUUUUAAAAGAAAGGAACAAUUAACACUGCAUUUUGUAAUACAUUCUGGGGAGAAGCGACACGUGUGCACUGAAUGUGGCAAAGGAUUUUAUCGAAAGGAUCAUUUACGGAAACAUACCAGAAGUCACAUUGCGAGAAGAGUGAAGGCUGAAUUAAGUCAAAACGCUGGUACGCAACAGAAUCAACAACAAAAUAACGUUUCGAAUAUGCAAACCACAACUGUCUCAGCGUCAUCCGUUCUUCCGGGUGGACAUCCGGGUUCUCUCCUGUCCUGAGCCCCGCCACCAGGGAACUUUCAGGUUCCCCAUCCAAAUAAUAUUCUUCAUACUCAUACAUCGCAUCAUUCGCUGCAUCAUCAUCAUCAUUUAACGGCAGUAAAUGUAGCACAUCAAUCAAGCGUCACACCACUCGCUACAUCUGGUCAUUAUCAGUCACAUGAGCUUAACUUUUUGGGGCACGUUAAAGAUUUCUGAGACGAGGAGAGGACCUCGAUGAAGAGGUAACACCAAGAUGCUAAUCAAUUGUCACUAUCAUCGCCAACGACGAUAAUAAUUAGCUCCGAGACUGACUCAUGAUUUGAAUCGAAUGAAUGAAUUUUAUAAAUGUGUAUAUUUACGUUAUUUGUGCUUCUAACUUCCUUCUUCAGGUCUUAAUUUAUUUUUGACUUGACAACUUGUUAUAUUUGUCAUGUAAUUUUCAUUGCCAGUAAUGUUUCCACCACAAUAAUAAUGCCAUACAUCAAGAGACAUGAUAAUAUUUUACGCAAAUAUAAUAGAUGUCCAAUUAUAAUAAAUCUUCCCCGUAACUAGGCUGAU